AUGAUAAAGGAUACCAAAAGGUCUAAAUCGGUCAAUUCGAAGAUCAAUCGCAAACCCAGUAAAAAAAUCAUGGAGAGCGCAACUAGUACCAGUGAAAAAUCAGGUACGGUGGCAAGGACGCGUACUGGUAAUGUCACAUUCAUACCCCCAAGGACACAUGACAUGGUUAGGUCUCUAUUUGAUCCAACGUUGAAAAAGUCAUUUCUAGAAUGCUGUAUUAGUCUUGCCAUCAUUUCCAACUUUGUUAUCUGUUAUUUUAUGUCUUCAAAAUUUGGCACACAGGUAACCAAGGUGUUUUUCCUGUGGCAAUAUCUGUUUUGGAGGUUAUGUUAUAAUCUUGGAAUCGGCAUUGUGUUGAACUCUCAAUCUAAGAGUGAAUCAUUGACAAAUUUUGCUAAAUCAAGAAAACUGUUUUCCCCAAAGAGUAAAGGAUGGCUAGCAAAGUUCUGCCGCUUUGAGUUGCAAUCCAAAAUGCCCUCUUCUUAUAAAAUUGAGAGCUAUCCCGAAGAGUUCAAUGUUUGGAUGCUGUUUAGGCAAUUCGUUGAUUUGAUCUUGAUGCAAGAUUUUACCACCUAUAUUCUCUAUGUUUAUUUGUGCUUACCAAGCAACUUAUUCUCUUCUUUCAGUUUUAGAGUUUUUUUGGGGUUUGCCAUGAUUGUCUUCAACGUGUGGGUCAAAGUUGACGCACAUAGAGUUGUGAAGGACUAUGCAUGGUACUGGGGAGAUUUCUUUUUCUUUCAGGAUUCUAAACUUGUUUUCGAUGGUGUGUUCAACAUCUCACCCCAUCCCAUGUAUUCCAUUGGAUAUAUGGGAUAUUAUGGACUAAGUUUGAUUUCUGGCGACUACAAAGUGCUCCUUGUCUCGCUUUGGGGACAUUUGCUUCAAUUUCUCUUUUUGAAAUAUUGUGAGAAUCCACAUAUCGAAAGAAUCUACAGCAAUGCUGAUGAAAAUGACAUAUCGAACAGUCAGAUUGAUGAUUUGCUCAUCAAACAAAACCAUAAUUAUUCCAGGCCACUAGUCAGCAAGGGCCUAUGGUUUGCAAACUUUGAUAAAUUGAGAGUUUCGGAUUAUGUUACCGUUUUCACUGCUCUUGCGAUUGCUAAAAUUGCAUUAUCCUCUACAGUAUCUGCCAAGGAUCUCUUCUGGGCUACUUUUAUUGCUAAACUAAGCACUUCGGGAAUAAUUGGGUUCAUAUUGCACAAACAAUCUACGCAGAAGUGGUUUACCAAACUGUUUUUGGAGAAUGGCUACACACAGCUUUAUUCGUAUCAACAAUGGCAGUUCAUUUACAACUACUGUCUCACAAUAUCCUAUUCUUUAUUAGUCUUCCAAACGAUCGCGCAAUUUAAGCAGAUAGCACUACCUGAUUAUACUCAGAUCAUCUUUGGGUUCAUUCUAUGCUUUCUGCAGGUGUGGUGUGAUGACGAAAUCAUGACUGCCAUCUCGGAAUUUGGUUGGUUUUAUGGUGAUUUUUUCUUAACCAACUAUAUUGAUACCAGAAAACUGACUUCGCAAGGUAUUUAUCGCUACCUCAACAACCCAGAGAGAUUUCUCGGCGUUGCUGGAUCCUGGGGUGGUGUGUUGAUUACUAACUUCUCCUUGCCAAACAUUAUUUUGGCUGUUCUCUGGACGCUUUCGAAUAUCAUCCUAGUGAAAUUUGUGGAAGAACCACACGUCAACAAAGUGUAUGGUGCAUUGAACAGAAAGAGUGGCGUUUCUAAAACCUUACUUGGCUUCAAGCCUUUAAGAAGAUUUUCCGAGAUUAUGGACAGAGCAGAGGCAAAGGUUGUUGAGAAACUACUUUCCAACGAGUCACCUCUCGAUGAAAAUAGCCAUGAAGACUCUUCACAGUGGGAUGAUAUUGUUCAGUUGGCGCUCCAAAAUGUGACUGCGAACUUAGCUCCAAACUGUGAAUUUGUGGUUGGUGAUGGUCCCUGCGAAACAUUUCAAAUUCCAGGGCCCAUCAAAGUCACUUGGAAAUUACCCAGUAAGCUAUACCAUAAAGAAGAUUGGAUUGGAUUAUACAGAGUCCUGGAAACUGGUGAUGAUCGUCAUAAGACCCGGAUAUCAUCAAAUGGUCAUUGGUGUCCUACUCAAAAAGGUGCUUAUUCCAACAUUGAUCAAUCAAGCCGUAAAAUUAUCUUUCAAGAGAAAGAGGGUAUUGUAAGUGGCCAGCUCGAAUUCGAUUAUUCUCUCUUAUAUUUCGAGGAAGGUGUUUAUGAAAUGAGAUACCAUAGCAAAAAUUCUCAUAAAGUCUUGAUGAUUUCCCAACCUUUCAGGUUAUCAUUUCCUAUUAUUAACACAGAGUCUUCGGAGUCAUUUGCAAGCGAUAUCUCAUCUUUCCUGGAACGCUCCCAUGCAUUGAAGGAUGGUAGUUUUGUACCUGGCAUGAACAAGUGUUGUACCGUAAAGUGCCUCAGGAAGUUGAUAAAACAAAGCACAGGGGUCCAUAUAUCUGCAGAAUUUUUGAAGAAAAUAAACUACGAUAUUCAGGUCUCUUCUGCAAGAAUAUUUGAUAUCAAAAAGGUUCUUGAGAGUCUAGAGUAA